AUGACAGUGCCAGAGGCCAACAGAACACCUCCGGAGAUAUCCUCAGUAUGCCAUGAACAACUCCCUGGUCUUCAAAUCUGUCACACCAGAACAAAAGAGAUCCUCCAGAAUUUAAACAAAAAACACCAGGAUCAGAUGACAUCAGCCCCCACACGCCCCACAGGUGUGCAGCCGCGUUAUCCUAGCCGUUGUCAUCCAUCUUCCAGUCAUGCAUCGAAGAAGGCUGCUGGCCCUCCAUCUGGAAGGAAGCAAGAUAAAAAAUUGCAGGAUGCUCUGGACGCCAAUCAAGACACUCUGGUAAUCGCCCUCGACAUCGCCGGCGCCUUCGACCGAGUGUGGCACAGAGGGCUCCUUGAUAAACUAGAAGCAGGAGGCAUAAGCAGCAACCUCUUGCGGCUCUUUGGUGAUUACCUCACUGGAAGAGCACCGCAAGUAGUCAUCGGUGGCCAGUUAUCCGACAAGUACUCGAUAAAGGCGUCGGUACCACAGGGAUCUGUACUUGGCCCAAUUCUCUAG